CACGCAUGCGCCUUCAGAGGCUGGGCUGACAGGUUGUUGGUUAUGGGUGGUUCCAGGGCCGGACGGGGCGGAGGAAUGGGUGGGAGAAGGCGUGUAGGGGGCGGGAUCGGAGCGCCUUGGCUCAGACCCAGGGCUAGCCACAGGGGUUGAACCGUGUAGGAGGGGGGAGGGUGAGAGAUGUAGAAAUCAGCUGACCCGAUCUCGUGACAGCCUCGGGCGGCGGCCACGCAGGCGCCGUGAACGCGGUCGCCCGUAGCCGAAGCGAAGAUGGCGGCCUCCAGAGCGAGCCUCUGAGAGGCAGCGGGAGAAGGAGGCGGAGGGGGCGGAGAGCGCGGCGGCCGCAGCAGUCCCCCGGCGGCUGAGAGCAGGAAGUGGCGAGGGGGCUGGGCCAGGCUGGGCCGGGGAGCCAGGCGGGCGCCUCAGCCACCCUCUGGGCGCGGCGGUGGGAGCGGCGGCGGCGGCAGGAGGCGGCGCCCGGCCGGGCAAGCGAAGAGCGCGGAACGAGGACCGAGGAGCGAGCAGUGCCUCUCCGGUGCCCUGCCCAGGUCUCAGUGCAAAAUGAAUAUUAUUAGGGAAAAUAAAGAUCUGGCCUGUUUCUAUACAACAAAACAUUCAUGGAGAGGGAAGUACAAACGAGUCUUUUCAGUUGGAACCCAUGCAAUCACUACAUAUAAUCCCAAUACCCUAGAAGUUACAAAUCAGUGGCCUUAUGGAGAUAUUUGUAGCAUUAGUCCUGUUGGAAAGGGACAGGGAACAGAAUUCAACCUUACUUUUCGAAAAGGAAGCGGGAAAAAGUCAGAAACUUUAAAGUUUUCUACUGAGCACAGGACAGAACUUCUGACAGAAGCACUGAGAUUUAGGACUGACUUUUCAGAAGGAAAAAUCACAGGAAGGAGGUAUAAUUGUUUUAAGCAUCACUGGAGUGAUACAAGAAAACCUGUCAUUUUAGAAGUAACUCCUGGAGGUUUUGACCAAAUUAAUCCUGCAACCAACAGAGUCCUUUGUUCUUAUGACUACAGAAAUAUUGAAGGUUUUGCUGACCUUGCUGAUUACCCAGGGGGAUUUUGUAUACUUUAUGGAGGCUUUAGUAGAUUGCAUCUAUUUGCAUCUGAACAAAGGGAAGAAAUCAUCAGGAGUGCAAUUGACCAUGCUGGCAAUUAUAUAGGCAUUUCCCUGCGGACCAGGAAAGACCCUAUAGGAUUUGAACAGUAUUUAAACCUUCGUUUUGGAAAAUAUAGUGGCGAUGAAUCCAUAACAUCAUUAGCAGAAUUUGUUGUUCAGAAAAUAUCUCCUAGACAUUCGGAACCUGUAAAAAGAGUAUUAGCUCUUACAGAAACUUGUUUGGUAGAACGUGAUCCAGCAACCUAUAAUAUUGCAACAUUGAAGCCUUUAGGAGAGGUGUUUGCACUGAUUUGUGACUUUGAAAAUCCGCAGCUUUUUACUAUUGAAUUUAUAAAGGGGCAAAUACGGAAAUAUUCUUCAACAGAGAGAGAUUCCUUGUUAGCUAGUUUGUUGGAUGGAGUAAGAGCCUCUGGAAAUCGAGAUGUUUGUGUAAAAAUGACACCCACACAUAAAGGUCAACGAUGGGGAUUGCUCAGCAUGCCUGUGGAUGAGGAAGUAGAAAGUCUUCACCUCCGCUUCUUAGCUACACCUCCAAAUGGCAACUUUGCUGAUGCUGUAUUCAGGUUCAAUGCUAAUAUUUCCUACAGUGGAGUUCUGCAUGCAGUAACACAGGAUGGCCUCUUCUCAGAAAAUAAAGAGAAGCUGAUCAACAAUGCCAUCACAGCAUUACUGUCACAGGAGGGCGACAUGGCUGCAUCCAAUGCUGAGCUUGAGAGUCAGUUCCAAGCUGUGAGGAGGCUCGUGGCUUCCAAGGCUGGCUUCCAGGCCUUUACCCAGCUUCCCAAGUUUCGGGAGCGGCUUGGAGUAAAGGUGGUGAAAGCUCUCAAGAGGAACCAUGAUGGUGUGACACAUGCGUCCAUUGAUAUGCUUUGUGCCCUCAUGUGUCCUAUGCAUGAUGACUAUGACUUGAGGCAAGAGCAAUUGAACAAAGCAUCUCUUCUUUCCUCAAAGAAGUUUCUGGAAAACUUAUUAGAAAAAUUUAAUUCCCAUGUGGAUCAUGGGACUGGUGCCCUAGUUAUUAGUUCACUUUUGGACUUCCUUACCUUUGCCCUCUGUGCUCCAUAUAGUGAGACGACUGAAGGGCAGCAAUUUGAUAUGCUUUUGGAGAUGGUUGCAUCCAAUGGAAGAACCCUCUUUAAACUUUUUCAGCACCCUUCCAUGGCAAUUAUUAAAGGAGCUGGUUUGGUUAUGAAGGCAAUAAUAGAGGAGGGUGAUAAAGAAAUUGCUACCAAAAUGCAAGAACUUGCACUUAGUGAAGGUGCCUUACCUCGACACUUACAUACUGCAAUGUUUACAAUGAGCUCUGAUCAAAGGAUGCUUACAAAUAGACAGCUAAGUAGACAUUUAGUGGGCCUCUGGACAGCUGAAAAUGCAACUGCUACAAAUUUGUUGAAACGUAUUUUGCCCCCAGGUUUGCUGGCAUACCUGGACAGCAGUGAUCCAGUUCCUGAGAAAGAUGCUGACCGGAUGCAUAUUAGAGAUAAUGUGAAAAUAGCAACUGACCAGUAUGGCAAAUUUAAUAAAGUUCCAGAGUGGCAAAGACUGGCUGGAAAAGCUGCUAAAGAAGUUGAAAAAUUUGCCAAAGAAAAAGUGGAUCUUGUAUUGAUGCAUUGGAGAGACAGAAUGGGCAUUGCCCAAAAAGAGGACAGAAACAAUAUGAAUCUAAAUCAAAAGCCAGUAAUACUUAGAAAGAGAAGACAGAGAAUAAAAAUCGAAGCAAACUGGGAUCUUUUCUAUUAUAGGUUUCUUCAAGACCAUGCCAGAUCAAAUUUAAUUUGGAACUUCAAAACAAGAGAAGAACUGAGAGACUGUCUUGAAUCUGAAAUGAGGGCAUUUAAUAUAGACAGAGAACUUGGUAGUGCUAAUGUCAUCUCAUGGAACCAUCAUGAAUUUGAGGUUAAAUAUGAUUGCCUAGCAGAGGAAAUAAAAAUAGGAGACUAUUACCUGAGAUUACUGUUAGAGGAAGAUGAAAAUGAAGGAAGCGGAUCAAUCAGAAGAUCGUAUGAGUUUUUCAAUGAGCUCUAUCAUCGUUUCCUACUCACUCCGAAAGUGAACAUGAAGUGUUUAUGUUUGCAAGCACUGGCUAUUGUUUAUGGCAGAUGUCAUGAAGAAAUAGGACCAUUUGGGGACACCAGAUAUAUUGUUGGCAUGUUAGAGAGGUGCACUGAUAGACUUGAACGAGAUAGGCUGAUCCUUUUCCUUAACAAGCUGAUACUUAAUAAGAAAAAUGUUAAGGAGCUUAUGGAUUCCAAUGGAAUCAAAAUACUGGUGGAUUUGCUUACCCUUGCUCACUUGCACACAAACAGGGCCACCGUACCAUUGCAGAGCAAUGUGAUUGAGGCUGCACCUGAUAUGAAGAGAGAGAGUGAGAAGGAAUGGUAUUUCGGCAAUGCAGACAAAGAAAGGAGUGGCCCUUAUGGAUUUCAUGAGAUGCAAGAAUUGUGGACCAAAGGACUAUUGACUCCAAAAACACGGUGUUGGGCUCAGGGCAUGGAUGGAUGGCGACCACUACAAGUUAUUCCACAGCUUAAAUGGUGUGUCUUAGCCACUGGACAGGCUGUACUGAAUGAAACUGAUCUUGCUACUCUUAUACUCAACAUGCUGAUCACAAUGUGUGGAUAUUUUCCAAGCAGGGAUCAAGAUAAUGCCAUUAUAAGACCUCUGCCCAGAGUAAAACGAUUACUGUCAGACAAUACUUGCCUUCCCCAUAUUAUACAGCUGCUGAUGACUUUUGAUCCUAUCCUUGUUGAAAAGGUGGCCAUUUUACUGUACCACAUCAUGCAGGAUAAUCCACAGUUACCUCGUCUUUAUCUUAGCGGAGCAUUUUUCUUCAUCAUGAUGUAUACAGGAUCUAAUGUACUUCCUAUUGCAAGGUUUUUAAAGUAUACACAUACCAAACAAGCCUUCAAAUCUGAAGAGACAAAAGGGCAAGAUAUUGUCCAAAGAAGUAUAAUGGGGCAUAUCCUCCCUGAAGCAAUGGUGUGCUAUUUAGAAAAUUAUGAACCAGAAAAAUUUUCUGAGAUUUUUCUAGGAGAAUUUGAUACACCUGAAGCUAUCUGGAGCAGUGAAAUGAGGCGCCUCAUGAUUGAGAAGAUAGCUGCUCAUCUUGCUGACUUCACUCCACGCCUUCAAAGUAACACAAGAGCACUUUAUCAGUAUUGUCCUAUUCCUAUUAUCAACUAUCCACAGUUAGAGAAUGAACUCUUUUGUAAUAUUUAUUACCUCAAACAUCUUUGUGAUACACUCCGAUUUCCAGACUGGCCAAUUAAAGAUCCAGUGAAGCUUCUAAAAGAUACCCUUGAUGCCUGGAAGAAGGAAGUAGAAAAAAAACCACCUAUAAUGUCAAUAGAUGAUGCUUAUGAAGUGCUUAACCUCCCUAAUGGACAGGGACAACAUGAAGAGAGCAAGAUCAGGAAAGCCUACUUUAGACUGGCCCAGAAAUAUCACCCUGACAAGAAUCCCGAAGGGAGGGAUAUGUUUGAAAAAGUAAAUAAAGCCUAUGAAUUCUUAUGUACAAAAUCAACCAAAAUAAUUGAUGGCCCAGAUCCAGAAAAUAUAAUUUUGAUUUUGAAAACACAGAGCAUCUUGUUUAAUCGGCAUAAAGAAGAUUUACAGCCUUACAAAUAUGCAGGGUAUCCCAUGUUGAUUAGGACUAUUACAAUGGAAACUUCUGAUGAUCUCCUUUUCUCAAAAGAAUCACCACUGCUGCCUGCUGCCACAGAGCUGGCAUUCCAUACUGUCAAUUGUUCUGCACUCAAUGCAGAAGAGCUAAGAAGAGAGAACGGAAUAGAGGUAUUGCAAGAAGCAUUCAGUCGUUGUGUGGCAGUCUUGAAUCGUUCUAGUAAGCCCACAGACAUGUCUGUGCAGGUGUGUGGGCAUAUAUGUAAAUGUUACAGUGUGGCCGCUCAGUUUGAAGAGUGCCGAGAGAAGAUCACCGAGAUGCCAAGUAUCAUCAAGGAUCUCUGUCGAGUAUUGUAUUUUGGCAAGAGUAUCCCACGUGUAGCAUCUCUUGGAGUAGAAUGUGUCAGUUCAUUUGCAGUGGAUUUCUGGCUACAGACCCACUUAUUUCAGGCAGGAAUUUUGUGGCAUUUACUUGGAUAUCUGUUUAAUUAUGAUUACACUCUAGAAGAGAGUGGCAUUCAGAAAAAUGAAGAGACAAAUCAGCAGGAAGUAGCCAAUAGUCUUGCCAAGCUAAGCCUCCUCGCUCUCAGUCGCCUCGGUGGGUAUUUGCUUGGUGAACAAUCUACUCCAGAAAAUCCAACAAUAAGAAAAAGUUUGACUGGUUUACUUACGCCAUAUGUUGCUAGAAAACUUGCUGUAAUUGGCCCUGCUGAGAUUCUGAAGAUGCUUAAUAGCAACACAGAGAGUCCCUAUUUAAUUUGGAAUAACUCAACAAGAGCAGAACUACUUGAAUUUCUUGAAUCCCAACAAGAAAGUAUGAUUAAAAAAGGUGACUGUGACAAAACAUAUGGAUCAGAAUUUGUGUACAGUGAUCAUGCCAAAGAACUUAUUGUAGGAGAAAUUUUCGUCAGGGUAUAUAAUGAAAUCCCUACUUUCCAACUAGAGCUCCCAAAAGCAUUUGCUGCAAGUCUUUUGGAUUACAUAGGCUCCCAGGCCCAGUAUCUCCACACUUUCAUGGCUAUCACACACACUGCAAAAGUGGAGUCAGAGCAACAUGGAGAUCGAUUAUCAAGAGUUGAAAUGGCUUUGGAAGCUCUGAGAAAUGUUAUAAAACACAACCCAGGCUCAGAGUGUGAGUGUGUUGGUCAUUUUAAACUGAUAUUUUCCCUUCUCCGUGUCCAUGGAGCUGGCCAGGUGCAGCAGUUGGCUUUAGAGGUUGUGAACAUAGUGACAUCUAAUCAAGAGUGUGUCAACAAUAUUGCAGAAUCAGUAGUGUUGUCCAAUUUACUGGCCCUUCUGCACUCACUGCCCUCAAGCCGCCAGCUUGUUCUUGAAACUCUCUAUGCACUGACAUCAAGUACAAAAAUAAUCAAAGAAGCAAUGACCAAAGGAGCUCUCAUUUAUUUGCUGGAUAUGUUCUGCAAUUCAACUCACCCACAAGUCCGAGCCCAGACAGCUGAGCUUUUUGCCAAAAUGACAGCAGAUAAGCUGAUAGGGCCAAAGGUUAGAAUUACAUUAAUGAAAUUUCUACCUGGUGUAUUCAUGGAUGCAAUGAGAGACAGUCCUGAAGCUGCUGUUCACAUAUUUGAAGGAACUCAUGAAAAUCCAGAGUUAAUUUGGAAUGACAAUUCCAGAGAUAAAGUAUCUACAACAGUUCGAGAAAUGAUGUUAGAGCACUUUAGAAGUCAGAGAGACAACCCUGAAAUAAACUGGAAGUUGCCUGAAGAUUUUGCUGUCGUUUAUGGUGGAGCAGAUGGGGAGCUAGCUGUUGGAGGAGUCUUCUUAAGGAUCUUUAUUGCACAACCAGCUUGGGUUCUUAGGAAACCAAGGGAAUUUCUUAUUGCACUAUUAGAAAAAUUAACUGAAUUACUGGAGAAAAAUAGUCCUCAUGGAGAAACCCUGGAAACUUUAACAACAGCAGCAGUAUGUCUUUUCAGUGCACAACCCCAGCUAGCAGAUCAAGUGCCACCUCUGGGUCAUCUGCCUAAAGUUAUCCAUGCAAUGAAUCACAAGAACAACGCCAUUCCAAAGAGUGCCAUUCGAGUCAUACAUUCAAUCUCUGAUAAUGAGUUGUGUGUUCGUGCAAUGGCAUCUCUAGACACCAUUGGUCCACUGAUGAAUGGAAUGAAAAAGCGGUCAGACACAGUUGGUCUAGCCUGUGAAGCAAUUAAUCGGAUGUUUCAGAAGGAACAAAGUGAUUUAGUAGCCCAGGCCUUGAAAGCAGAUUUGGUUCCAUAUCUCUUAAAAUUGUUAGAAGGCAUUGGUCUUGAAAGUUUGGAAAGCCCAGCAGCCACAAAAGCUCAGAUUGUUAAAGCUUUGAAGUCGAUGACCCGAAGCCUGCAGUAUGGAGAACAGGUAAAUGAAAUCCUGUCUCGCUCUUCGGUCUGGAGUGCCUUCAAAGAUCAGAAACAUGACUUGUUCAUUUCUGAGUCACAAACAGCUGGAUACCUCACAGGCCCUGGAGUUGCUGGCUACCUUACUGCAGGGGCAUCAGCAACAGUAAUAUCUAGUAUGCCUCCUCCAGUAGACCAUGAAGCGGGCGAUCUUGGCUAAGAGACUUGAACUAUUCAUGAAUUACAAAAAAAUGCAGAAAGGCCAGUGAUGAGAACCACAUUCCUCCAUCUGAUACAUUGAAGCAAACUCCUAACUGCCUUUCUGCUUGUUCAUGACAGUGUUAUUCCUUUUUCUAUAAAUAUAUUUUUAUUUAGGAGAAAAGUCAGUGAUUCUAAUUGUAUCACGUUGUAACAUAAGAAAGCACUCUGUGGAUCAACCUAAAUGGGUACGCAAGAAUAUUUUUUUUCUUGUUGUACAAAAGCACAUUUUGUUCCUUUGUAUCUGUUUACAAGACUGUGAAUCAAAAAGAAAAAACUUUUCCCAAGUUUUUAUAUUUUUUUUAAUUAGUAGCUGUAGUGUUGAGCUGCAGUCUACAGGAAUUGGGCUAAAUCACUUGUUCCCAUAAAAGGGUCUUUCCUUCUUCACCGAGUCCGAUGUGAUCAUCCUUCUCUUCAUCCAGCAUUAUUCGGUUCUGUCCCUGUACCAGUUCAUUGAUGUCCUUAAUCAUUAUGUUCCUGAGAGCUCACAGUAGACGUGUUUGUGUGUACCUGGCUUUACCAAAUUGUUGAAUGAGGAUGAGCUUAAGUGCAAAAAAAGACACAAAACAGAAACCAGCCCUGAAGUCAACACGUUAUGUAAGAGCCUUGUGGGAUUGUGAAAUGUUCCCUAUGUUACCCUGCAUAGAAAGCUUUCUAUAUUGAAUGUACAUUAUACAGAUCAUUCAGAUAUGUACAUAAAAUUUUAAAAAUAAAGGGAAUUGACUGCCUUGUUGAUGAGA